AUAAUUUUUCUUAAUAAAAUAAAUUAUAUAAUUGGAAAACAUUAAAGCAAUUACUAAAUGGAAACAUUAAAGGUGGCCUGACCAUGUCUUCUCUUUCUCAUUCCUCUUUUUCAUCGUCAUAGUCCUUCCCUGAAUUCUAGGGUUUCUUUCAUGGAUCCAUAAUACUGUAAUAAUCUUUAUCAUUUCAUCAACAUUUGUUGAUUUCCUUCUUGACCCUUUAUUUGGACCAUUUCAAAUUUCUCUAUGGAGGUUCUGGAGGUGGAUGAAGCAAAGAAACCUGAAGUUCAUAUGACAUCAGCUGCGGCAUUUGUGGAAGGGGGGAUCCAGGAAUCAUGUGAUGAUGCAUGUAGCAUUUGCCUCGAAGAUUUUUGUGAAAGUGAUCCCUCAACGGUCACUAAUUGCAAGCAUGAGUUCCAUCUUCAGUGUAUCCUUGAAUGGUGUCAGAGAAGCUCUGAGUGUCCAAUGUGUUUGCGAUCCAUCAGUCUUAAAGAUCCCACCAGUCAAGAAUUGUUUGAGGCUGUAGAACGGGAGAGGAAAAUCAGAGCUGCUCCAUCAAGAAAUGCUACUAUUUUUCAUCAUCCUACGCUUGGGGAUUUCGAAUUGCAGCAUCUACCAGUUGGUGUAAGUGAUUCUGAACUUGAGGAGCGUAUAAUCCAGCACCUGGCUGCUGCUGCUGCUAUGGGAAGGACCGGCCACUUUGGCAGGGGGGGAGGGCAGAGAAACAGGUCAUCUCCCCAUGGUCGUCCACACUUCUUGGUAUUUUCUACUCAUCCUGGUGCACAGCCUUCUGGUCAUGUUUCAUCCUCUCUGUCUCAGCUGGGCAGGGAAAAUGAACCAGCAGCAGGCUCUGUAGCUAGCCCAUCCACACCACUCACUUCUGUUGAGGAUGAACCAUCGCAACAAACCUUACAAUUGCCUCCUAUUUUAACUGAUCAAAGUUCCUCUGCAUCUGGAUCCACAGUGAUGCGCCAAGGACUUUCCUUUAAUAACCGGAGCACUUCUAGUCAGUCUGCACCGCCAAAUCAAGAUAGAGCAGGGCCAUCAGAAUUCCAGUCAUUUUCAGUCUCCCUGAAAUCUAGGCUUAAUGCAGUUUCAAUGAGGUAUAAAGAGUCAAUUUCAAGAAGUACAAGAGGGUGGAAGGAUAGGCUGUUUUCUCGUAACAGUUCAGUGUCUGAUCUUGGCUCUGAAGUUCGAAGAGAUGUAAAUGCAGGAAUUGCAACUGUAUCUCGUAUGAUGGAGCGCCUUGAAACCAGAGAUAACAGUGGAGCCAACCAAGUUUCUGUAUCAACUCAUUGGACUGAUCGUCCAGCUGCUGAGAGGAGCAACCAGAAUAAUGCUGAGACUCACAUAGAGAGCCCUGUAAAUGAAGGAAGUACGCCAGUUUCUUGUGCUGCAAGUUCAGCAUCUACUUAAGUUAAGAUUUCUUCAGCAAUUGCAUCUGUCCUCAGCAUCUCAUCUUUGAAGGUUGUAAACUCUUUUACUCCAAAUAUGACAUGCCGAGGAGAAGAUGUUGUGUAUUACAGGCCAGAGGAUGAACAUUCACCUGAAAUUGAAUAAAAAGGUAAGAAAGAUGAAGUCUCAAGGAAUUCAUGUUGACAGAUAUACAUUGGGUAUAUGUAAGUAAAAUUAUUUUUAUGACCCAGAUUUGUUUCAAAGCUAAAGCCAGAACAUCCACGUGUAUGUCUGGAUGGUUGGAUUUUGGUACAGGUUGAAAAUUAAUUAAUAUAAUAUUAUCGAGUCCCGUAUUAAGAUUUUAGCACUCAAAAGGGACUUGAAGCCUUUUAAAGGAAAA